AUGUCUACAGGUGCACCGCCACGUGGAGCGCUGAUGCGCACGGCGUCGGCUGAACAAGUAUCGCUACAACAUCCUUCUCCCGGACUCGAGAGCCUGCAGGGGGCGUACAUCAAGAAUGUCGAGCGUUUGGAGCAGUCAGCAGAAGAGAUGAGUCAGGGGGGAAGCGACAUUGGCGACGAGAUUCGCAGGAUGAAACAGGAACAGGACCGGGCGUCAUUACGGUCAAGCAGCAUUGCCUCCGAGUCGCUGUCACAGUCACAAACUCGUGAGGGCCGCCAGCAGAGCAUCGACAGAGUCAUCAGCACACGCAGCCGCAAUCACUCGACCUCCAGCUACGCCAACUCGAUCGUCGACGUCAACAACCACGCUCGCUGGGGAGGCUACUCGCCCGGAGGAUACAUCACGAGCCCUGCCGUCUCACGAGUAAGCAGCUUCCAUCGACCCUCGGGCAUGCCUGAGCCCGUUCAGGAGGGUCGUCCCCUGGAUUCGCCCCUCGCCUCACCUACCUCGUACUCGAGUCCACGACGCCAGCCAUCCCACUACUCAUUCGCACCGACCAUAGAAGACGCCGAGUUGCUUGACGACCAAGAGAAACCUGCAAACGAUGCCGACAAGACCCCCGAGCCUGAACAUCAAGAGUGGGACAAGUCCAGUCGACGACUCUCCGAUCUCGACGAGCUGAGCCACUAUUCCCAUGACGACAAGCAACGCUACGAUGAGCAGGAUGAACAAAGUCUCUACUCUCGCGAUCAGCAGAGCCAUUACUCGCAACCAGACCAACAGAGCCACUACUCGCACGACGACAGACAAGCUCCUGAACAACAACAAUAUUCUCAACAGCACAAACUCAGCCAAGAGGAGGAAUGGCAGCAGCAAGCCCACGACCUAUACCAACAGGCUGCCGAUCAAGAUGCAUACAACGAUUUUGUCCAAAACCCCCCGGAUCGCCCACCAACCACUGACACUUUCCGUGAUGCCCGCUCACUCUUCAAGGACUUUGAUGGUGUACACUAUUCGCCAGGCCCCGACGAAGACGGCCCUGGAGGUGCGCAACGACGAAUGUCGCGCAUGUCUCGCCAGCCUCGACCCAUGUCGUAUGCCCGUCCAAUGUCUUACGCACAACCUCCGCCCACCGAGGGCAUGGUCUACUAUCCCGCUCCAGUCCCUCGCAUGUUGAACCUGCCCAAGCGAUUGUCUCAGCUGCCUUCAGCCAACCAGCAAGCCCAGCGUCGCUCUCAGGUCUUGAGCGCCAUGCCUCUUGCUUCAAGGCAAAGUGCCCCCUGGCUACCUGGUCUUGAUCUGGAAGAGCAAGAACCGGAAGAAGGCGCACCGCAAUCUGGUCCCUCCUCCCCACAAAUAAAACAACAAAGACGAAGCAUGAUGGAUCUUCAAGCCAGCCGAAUGAGCACCGCCAACUUGCCUCCACAACUGAGAGCGUCUGUCUUCUUCGACAACGAAGGUCAGAGGUCACCAACAGAGGUCAAGAUUCAGUCAGCAUCGGCUGUUGCUACUCUAGACAGUAUUCUAGCUGCAUCCGUCAAUGCUCCAGUCAAUGUCUUUACUGAUCAUCCGUUCGCUGGUACUAGCGGACAAGAAAUCUAUGCCCAGGAACGUUCUGCAAACCGUCGCAGUGCAACUCUUUCUAAGCUCGAUAUGAUCAUGGAUGACAAUGAGAAGAAGGGUCACGAUCGAUCCGUCAGCGCUGGCACGAUUGAGAAGCCCAUGAUGUCCAAGCGCAACAGUAUGAUGACCGUACUGACUGACUUUGGUGGUAAAUCAGAAGGCAAGAAACUAAAGAAAAGAAACAGCAAGAUGAGUCUGAUGACUGAUAUGGACCUGAACGAUGGUGGAGACACAGCUACCGAGUUUGCAAAGUCUCGUCCCGCUAGUGUACACUUUGGUAAUCUCGAGGUUGAGGAGCCAGCUGAGCCAUCUCCUGAGGCAGAAGCAGAAGAUACCCUGAUGCCUGCUCAGGGAGUGGGCGCAGACAGAGAGAGUAUCUACAACGACGAACAGGAUAUGCAGAUGCCAUUCUUUGCCCAGCCUACUACUUUGCUGGCAGAGUUACAGGCUCGCAAAGCUCAUCAAAAGUCUCGUAAUCGCGCCGCUGCAGAUGCCUUUCCUAAUGGAAUGCAUAGUACUCUGCUUCAGAUGGACGCCGUCAAACAGGUGGAAAAGAAUAAGAAGCAGAAACACGGACGUGCUAGACUUGCAUGGGAAGCUCCAAGCGCUGAGGAGGUCGAAGAAGAAGAAGAUGAAGACGUCCCACUUGGCGUCUUGUAUCCUACUAAGAAUGGCCUGAUAAACCGAGGCAAGAAAGAUGAAUCAGAUUGGGAUCGUCCACUAGGUCUGAUGGAGAAGCGUGAAUUCGAGGACAACGAGCCGUUGAGCAGUCGUCGCUUCCGUCUAAAAGGUGUGCCUGCAGCCGAGGCACGACAAAUCCUCCAAGAGAUGGAACGACAACGCCGCGAGGCUGCUCUGCCACCACCUGAAGCAGUUCCGUUACCGGGAGAAGAUUCGAACGAUGAUGAGGAUCCAGACGAGCCGCUGGGACAGCGUUUGCGUCGUCUCAAGCAGAAACAGAUGCUUAAUGCAGCGUUGGGUGAUGUUGCAGAAGCCGACAAACGCAAGUCCACUGCUUUCUCCGAAGACAUCCUCAGCACGUUCGGAGGCAUUACAGGAACGAAGGCUGAGACCGAGACCCCUGAGCCCGAAGAGGAAACACUGGGUCAAAGACGAGCACGCUUGCAACGUGAGCGCGAAGCAGAAGCCAAACGAGGCGAUACCUCUGACCCACCUUCUGUUCGUACUGUCCGUCCUCCUCUCCUACGCUCGUCUUCAUCUCUCGCAAACCUUCUUGCUGCCCAUCCUGUAUCCUCUCCUGGCGGCCCUCGCUCUGCCAAUGCUCCCGCAGCAGGCUCUCUUCUAGCAGAUGCCGCCCGUGCCGAAGAAGAAGCACGAAGAAAACUCCGCGAGCGCAAUCGCACAAGUUCAUACAAUCGUCUGACCAGCGGCAUGCCCCAACACUUCACCCCUCAACCUGCACCCUACCUCCUCUCCUCCAAAUCCACAGGUGCAGUACCCCAAUACUUCAACCCGCAAACACUGCAACCGCAACAAGCACCAAUGAUGUAUCCUCCCCAAAUGGCGGCUGGAGGCUUCCCUGGCUAUGGCUUUGUUCAACCACCUCCUUUCCUGCAACCUACCGCUCAAUACCCAAAUAUGAUGUUUGGAGGUGCAUAUCCUUACGGACAAAUGCAGAUGCCACAGCAGCAGAUGAUGAUGCCUAUGCAGCAACAACAGGCGUAUGCGCAUAUGGCACAGAUGCAGGCUGCGGGUGGCAUGCACGAUCCUAAUGUUGUUGCGCAACGCGAUUUGAUUGAUCGGUGGAGACAGAGUAUUAUGCAUUGA